UUUCUCCAUGUGCAGCCUCCCAGCCGAAGCUCUCCUCUUCGCAGGCGGAUGGGUGACCCUUUCCUGGCAGGGGCAGACUGUUUGAGGCGGCGGAGCAGGCGAUGAAGAAGAAGCAGCAGCAGCAGCACCACAGCAGCACCGACCCCUGGACCCAUGUGGCCCCCCAGGGGGGAGCCCCUCCGGGGCCGGGCAGCUGGAAACGCCCCGGCUCCUUGCUGCCUUUCCUGCGCUUCUCCCUCCGGGAUUACGGUUUCUGCAUGGCCACCCUUUUCGUCUUCUGCCUGGGAUCCCUCUUCUAUCAGCUCAACGGGGGACCCCCGAGCUUCCUGCUCGACCUGCGGCAGUACUUGGGUAAUUCCACUUAUUUGGAUGACCAUGGACCAUUCCCUAGCAAGGUACUUCCUUUCCCGAGCCAAGUGGUAUAUAAUAGAGUUGGAAAGUGUGGGAGUCGUACUGUAGUCUUACUUUUGAGGAUUUUGUCAGAGAAACAUGGAUUCAAUUUGGUUACAUCAGACAUUCAUAACAAAACCAGACUGACCAAAAAUGAACAAAUGGAAUUGAUUAAAAAUAUAAGUACUGCGGAACAGCCCUAUUUAUUCACUCGUCAUGUUCAUUUUCUCAAUUUCUCCAGGUUUGGAGGAGAUCAACCCGUGUACAUCAACAUCAUUAGAGAUCCUGUCAACCGAUUUUUAUCAAACUAUUUUUUCCGUCGAUUUGGCGACUGGAGAGGGGAACAGAACCAUAUGAUCCGCACACCAAGCAUGAGACAGGAAGAACGAUAUCUAGAUAUCAAUGAGUGCAUUCUUGAAAACUAUCCUGAAUGUUCCAACCCAAGAUUAUUUUACAUCAUACCAUAUUUUUGUGGACAGCAUCCAAGAUGCAGGGAGCCUGGUGAAUGGGCCCUCGAAAGAGCAAAACUGAACGUGAAUGAACAUUUCCUACUUGUGGGGAUCCUUGAAGAGCUGGAAGAUGUGCUGCUUUUACUGGAAAGAUUUUUACCUCAUUACUUCAAGGAUGUGCUCAGUAUCUACAAAAACCCAGAACAUAGGAAACUUGGGAACAUGACUGUGACAGUAAAAAAGACCGUCCCUUCUCCUGAGGCCAUUCAAAUUCUCUACCAACGCAUGAGAUAUGAGUAUGAAUUCUACUACUUUGUCAAAGAGCAGUUCCACCUGCUCAAGCGCAAAUUUGGACUCAAGUCUCACGUCAGCAAGCCACCUGUGAGGCCACAGUUCUUUAUUCCUACUCCACUGGAAACUGAGGAACCAAUAGAUGAUGAGGAGCAAGACGAUGAAAAGUGGUUGGAAGACAUCUACAAGAGGUGAUGCGAGCACCUUGCCAACUUCCAAUGGACUCAUCCCUCUUUCUUGAGAGCUUUUUUGUUUGUUUCAAAAAGAAUCCUUAAAGGACUAAAUUAAUGCACCGUUGCAUUAAAAAACAUUCCCACAUGAUGGGGUGAAUGGGAGAUACCCGGUUUUGCGGGUUUUAUUUGUUUAAUUUUAUUGUAUGUUUUUCUUGGCUCCUUAGGAUCCUUUCUAGAACACCCUAGAUGACUCCAAUUCAAAACAUCUCAUCAUAAAAUAGCUUUCCUCAGUGUGUUUGGGAAGGACAUUCUACCUUCAAACAGCCUGCCAUUUGCAAAAUAACUUGUGUAAAAUAUUAAUUGCUUCCAUGGUAAUAGAGGCAUCUUGUCCAUCUCAACAAGAGUACAAGUCAGUUUUCACAAAGUCCAGGGGAAUUUAAGAAUCAUAUAAUAGCCCAGGUCACAAAGGAAGUAGGAGAGUCAGCUUAAGUCACAAUAGCUUAUAAAUAGGAAGCAUUUCCCGGAGUGAAUUGGGUCCAUUAAUAUGAAUGGGCAUUUGCCUUGAAAGCCUCAAGAAUUUCAAUUGGUAAGUGGAAUUGAGUUGUCUUGUCAGUACCUUUGCUCUUGGGAGUAAGCACUGAACAACAGCAUCAGCAUAGGUCUUUAUGGGCUUUUUGUGCUGAACAACCAACCAAUUCCGUGUUUUACACUACUUAGGAACUUCAAAAUACAUGCCAAACUCCAUUGAGAUAGCUAAUUCUUAAGAAUAUUACUCAUGGGUGAUAGAGUCACACGGAUGAGAAAAGAAGCCACUGAGGGAUUCAUCUGAAAAUCUGGAGUCUGUAUGAACAGUAAGGAGAAAGAUUUAGUAGUGAGGUUUUAGAGCUUCAGGGUUCAUUAGGAAAUGGCCAUAAUCUUGAACUAUCUCUAGCCACUAUAAGCAUUCUUCCUCUUAGUAUUGCUUUGAGAUGAAAUCCUAAAUCACCACCUUAGGGGCAACACUUCAGAUUUUCUGAAAAAGUCCUGCCACUGAGGACAAAGUCUAGUCACAGUGACCAUAUCUAACUCAGCCAAUAAAAGGCAAGUAACAGAGGAAAGGUGAAGCUUCUUAUGGGUUACAAAUUCCAUGAGACACUCUUGAACCCACUCAACAUCAUAGGAUUAUAUAAGCAGAGCUAGAAAAGACUUUAAAGGUCUACCUAAUCCAGGGGUUCUUAAACCUUAAUGUGUUAGGAACCCCUUUGGC